GCCCCGGGCUGAGCCCGUGAGAGCUGGAACAAGGUGGGACCUGGGACGCUGCUGAUAGAAGGGGGACGCACCUGGGAAGAUGCAGGCCAGUCUGACCCCGGGGCUGGCCCUUUGCCUUCUGAUGGGGGCCCUCGCAGCAGCCAGGCCUGUGCAGGAGGAGGGAGACCCCUACGUCGAGCCACCGGCCAUGCCCUACUGGCCGUUCUCCACUUCUGACUUCUGGAACUACGUGCAGUACUUCCAGGCCCUGGGGGCCUUCCCCCAGCUCGAGGACCUGGCCCGCACCUUCUUCGCUCACUUCCCCCUGGGGACCACCCUGGGCUUUCAGGCCCCCUAUUGGGAGGACUGAACAGGCCAGAGCUGGCGGGGGGUCAU